AUGGCGCGCCCGAUUCAAGUGAAACCCGCAGACAGCGAGAGCCGUGGAGGGGACAGGAAGCUCUUUGUGGGCAUGUUAAAUAAGCAGCAGUCUGAGGAUGACGUGCUCCGGCUCUUUGAACCAUUUGGGGUCAUUGAUGAAUGUACAGUGCUCCGUGGACCUGAUGGUAACAGCAAAGGCUGUGCUUUUGUAAAGUUCUCAUCUCACACAGAGGCUCAGGCAGCAAUCCACGCACUCCAUGGCAGCCAGACAAUGCCCGGCGCCUCCUCCAGUCUAGUGGUGAAGUUUGCUGACACAGAUAAGGAGAGGACCCUCCGUCGUAUGCAGCAAAUGGUGGGGCAGCUGGGGAUAUUCACUCCAUCUCUCACCUUGCCGUUCAGCCCAUACAGCGCCUAUGCGCAGGCU